AUGAACAGCUUACCAAACGGUUCCAACCCAAAGACUAGCUCAUUCACAUGCAACACAUGCAACGUUCGCUUCAUCAAUGCCGAUUUGCAACGGCAGCACAUGAAGACCGACUGGCACAGGUACAAUCUCAAGCGAAGAGUUGCCCAACUUCCCUCCAUCGCAUCUGAUGUCUUUGCGGAAAAAGUGCUACGCCAGGAUAUAAAGUUUGAUGAAAGCAAGGAGAACGAAGACGAGGAUGGAUUUUAUGUUGCCAUGAGGAAAGUGAAGCACAACUCAAAGAAAAAACAUCACCAUCUCCUGAGGUCUCAGCAAGAAAUGCGAGGAAGAUUCAUGACACGCUCGCCCGUGAAAAUGGAGCAGAAGGAAAGAAGCUUGAGUCCAACUCUUUCAGUGGCAUCGCAGUUUUCACAGUUUUCACUAACUGACGGCUCAGAGCAUGGUGGACAUGACUUGGAACCGAUACACACCGGUUCGGAUUUGUAUUACACCGACUCUCGCGAGUUGACUGAUCUCGACGCAGAGUUUCUUGAGCUCGAUCUGGACGAAGAAAAGAACCCUGAUUUGUCCGGACAAGAAGAAAUAGAAGAAGAAGAGGAGGAGGAAAAUGCUCAGUUGAUGUCGCUUACGUCUUGUUUUUACUGUGGUGUUGAGAACCAAGAAAUUGAAGACAACAUCAAGCACAUGUUCAAGAGACACGGGCUAUAUAUCCCCGAACGAACCUAUUUGGUUGACGUCGAAGGCCUCCUAGCGUACCUCCGAGACGCAGCUGCCAACGACGAGUGUCUUGUGUGCGGAUACCAAGCGAGAAACACCGAAGGUUUGAGACAGCAUAUUUACGUGAAAGGACACUGCAAGAUCCCCUAUGAGCUGAAGGAGGAGAAGCUUACUGUUGCCCAGUUCUACGACUUUAGUAUUGGUGAAACCACCAAGCCCAGAAAGAAAAGCUCAAAAUCAGUUGGCUUUGCUGACGAUGCUGUUUCUAGUGGACAAGCAAAUGCAGAUGAAGGUAUGGAUGAAGACGAAGAUCACGAUCAAGAUGAAAGUGAAGGCUCGGGGAUCAAUGAUAACUACACCUUGGUCCAGAUUGAUCCCACGGGCGUAGAACUCACGACCCCGCUGGGUUCGCGCAUCGGACACAGAUCAAUGCAGCAUUACUACAGGCAAAACAUUGCCUUGCCGGUGGUGCUAUCCAAUGAAGACGGCCGCAAGACCCAGGCGUUGGUUGAUCGGAGAUUUGCUCCUGGCGUCACUUCCCGUGAAAUUUCCCGUGGCGAAAAAGAGGCCCAGAAGAUCGAGAAUCGAGCCAAGAGCCAUGAAGUUCGACGGAUGAAGCCUCGCAAGAUCAACUAUCAACGCCAUUUCAGAGAUGAGAUCUUGGGCACUUGA